AGGUAACUCCAACAAUUUAUAAUCAAAGAAAAGAAGAAAAUAGUAGAGAAAAGAAGAAAAGAAGGUAGGUAACUCCAACAAUUAGAGAGAUGUCUAUGGACACAACUACAGAAGAUAGUGAUUCCUUUAUUUCUAAUACUUAUGGAAUCAUCUGCGGUUAUUCUGAUAAUUCAGGGUGGGGUGAAAGCAUGAUCUCAGAUCCCAAUAUUAUUUCGUCUCCUUCAAGGAGUGUAGACGACUGCCAUCAGCAGCAGUCGAAGCAACAGAUUUCGACUGCUGCUGGUGGCGGUUGUACUGAUGAUCUGAUUAUAUUAUCAGGUGCAUCUUCUAGGAUGCAGUUUAAUGCUUAUUGCAAUAACUGUAACCGAGAUGGUUUUGAACUUGGUCUAGGUAUGAAUAUUGGUGGUGGAGAAGUGAACAAAGGAGCUAGCGUUAGCUCGUCUGUCCAAACCUUGAUGGCAGUACAACGGGAAACCCUAAGUGUAAACAGAGGUUAUUCACAUACUAAUAAGAAUAACAACACCAAGCCAAAGGUUCACGAGUGUUCAAUUUGUGGGUUAGAGUUCUCAUUAGGUCAAGCUUUGGGUGGUCACAUGGGAAGACAUAGACCACGUUCGAUUAAAGCAACAAACACUAAGGUUUCCUUGACUACUUUUGAUGAGAUUAAGGAGGAGUCGAGAAGCAUUCCGUUGCUGCUUGAUCUUAACUGGCCACCGUAGCCGCCGCCAAGAGAUAUGGCGGGACGGAUGGGAUCCUUCACCUUUAACUAAAGGUCUUCGAUCCUAGCUCGAAGAACGAAGAAAUUCUCAAUAUGGAGGCUUCCCCUUUGGUGGACUGUAAUUACUUAUUAUUUUAGUUGAUAGAAGAGAGUUUUUUGUACGUGUAUGUUGUAUUAUAUUCUUAGUAAGGUGCUUUAGGUCUUUAUAACUAUCACGGGUAUAAAAUCUUGCUUUAAUUUAUCUGGUAUUUGAUUAUUAUUUUGAAUUUCAGCAUAU